CAUGAUAUGGAAAUCAUUGUAUUCUUUUUUUAAUAUAUGUUUAACACAACAUCCCAACUUAAUUGGAAUUGGGGUUCUAUAAUAGGCGUCAAUUAUAGGCGGCUUUAUGCUAUUGUGAAUAGCGGGGGUUGAUUAAAAAUUUUAAAAGGACAAAAAAAGAAAAGAAAAAAAUCCACGGAUGCCCCCAGAUGCCAAAAAGCGAGUAUACGGGGGUCCACUGUACAUUGUUGCAAAUAAUUAAUUUUCGGACCAGUAAAGUGAAACUGGGUAAUUUCCUGUGCACACCUGAUGAUCUCUCACGGCAUACUGAUAUGCCACAUCACAGCGGUUGGGACUCAGCGCCUUGGAGGUUCCAGGGGUCCAUUAAAGCGCGCCGUGCAUCCAUUUCUAGUCCAUGCAACACACAGAGCAGCAUGCCAUGACUCAUGCCAUUUGACAAAGAUGCGGCGCAGCAGCGAGAGGGGCGGGCACAUGUGCGAGUGUGUCUCCGCGAGAUAAAGAUAGAAGCCCGUGGAAAGCGUCGCCCAGAUUAUAAGCCUCUGCUUUUGGCGACCAAACGGGGGGAGGGCGGACGACGAGCCAGCUUCCGAAGAGCCUUUUUUAUUCUUUUUUUUUUUUAUUAUUAUUUUUUUUUAUUUGGGUGUCUGUGGCAGCCAGUGAUGCUUCAUGCGCUGACAUGCACUUUGCGACGGCACCAUCACUUUUUGCGACGGCACCAUCACUUCAUAGUGUGAGGUGAACUGGGCCAACAUGCAGGAAAAACACCAGCCUUCCAGCGCAGGGCCAAGCAGUUUGGGGGGGAAGGCCCAUCCAGCUCUCAAAGCCUUCAUGUGCGGCUCCCUCAGCGGCACAUGCUCCACGCUGCUCUUCCAGCCUCUGGAUCUGGUGAAGACACGGCUGCAGACCUUGCAGAACACCGCAAAGCCAGGUUCACCAAAAGUGGGCAUGUUUCGCGUUUUCAUCAACGUGAUAAGGACAGAAAGUGUCUUCAGCCUGUGGAAAGGAGUUUCCCCUUCGUUCGUCCGCUGCAUCCCCGGUGUGGGCAUCUACUUCAGCACCUUCUACUCGCUCAAGCAGCACUUCUUCCUGGACCGGGCACCCAACGCCGGCGAGGCCGUGCUGCUGGGGGCCGGUGCCAGAGCGGUGGCCGGCGUCUGCAUGUUGCCGUUCACCGUCAUCAAAACGCGCUUUGAGAGUGGCUUUUACAACUACGUGAGCGUGACCGGCGCUCUGAGGAGCAUGUACAAGACGGAGGGCGUGAGAGCGCUGUUCUCCGGCUUCACCGCCACGCUGCUGCGCGACGCCCCCUUCUCCGGGAUCUACGUCAUGUUCUACAGCCAGGCCAAGAAGACGCUGCCUGCAGAGGUGACGUCGUCAGUCUACAUGCCCUUGGUCAACUUCAGCUGCGGCGUGGUGGCGGGUGUCAUGGCGUCGCUGGUCACGCAACCCGCGGAUGUGGUGAAGACGCACAUUCAAGUCAGCCCAUCACACUGGAGCACAACGGACGCUAUUCGCUACGUCUAUGAGAAACACGGUCUCAGCGGCUUUUUCCGCGGGGCCAUACCUCGGUCCCUUCGCCGUACUCUGAUGGCCGCCAUGGCCUGGACUGUCUAUGAACAGCUGAUGGCUCGGAUGGGCCUCAAGUCCUGAAGACGGGGGCGAGACCUUCAGGAAUAUCAUCGAGCCUGUAGAGUGAGAGCGCUUGCGUGUGAGUGAGUGUGUGUCUGUGUGUGUGUGCGUUUGAUGCUAAAUUAUUAUAACUAUUUGUGAAAAUGUGUACAAUAUCUGUGGGUGUGAGAUUUUGAACUUUGUCGUGCGUCAAUAUCUACAAUGUAGCAACACUUGACAGGCAGAACUGCACUGGAUUCUGCCAGAUUUCUUGAAGGAGCACACACUUGAGCAGGGUUUCUUACUCGCCAGUCAACCUCCCAAUAAGAAAAUUGGUUUAGUUUUAAAGCUCAGACAAUCACAAAUACUCAUAGAUGCAAGGGGAAAAAAAUCUUGGCUUAUUGUUAUACUGCUCAAAUCUAUUCUUUAAAAGGUCACCAAAACAAAUAUUUUGUCAAACAACAUGCUAUGUGACUCGGAACAUCCUUAGACUCAUUCUAGGAUUUUUCUAUUUCUAUUGAAUAUAUUUGCUUUUUUCUUUUCAAAGGGAAAUAGCAGUGCAGUUUGUAUUUUGUUUCCCCUGCUGUUCAGUCUUACCUAAAUUGGGUUUACGGAGCUCAGUAUUGAAUUUUUAUUAUUUUUUUUUUUUUUGCGGCGAUCAGAUAUUUUUAGUAUUGAUUUUUCUGUCAAUUAAUCGAAUCAUUGGAGACAAAAAUUCUUUUGCAUUAAAAUGUAUUGCAAAAUCUUUUGAUGACUGUUUAUUAACAAAUUGUUGUUUGUGUUGUUUAAUUAUUAAACAAAACCAAAUGAACAACAAUUAACCAGUAUCACACGAAAGGGAGUGAUGUACUCGCUAAACUUUUUGACACUGAGAGCUGCUUCUUGGGUAGUUAGUCAUGCGAAGGGCUACUAGUUUGAUACACUUCUGAGGCUGCUUCAGGUUCAACUACCUUUCAAUUACAGCUUACACUACGGCUGCAAAUAAUUAUUUUCAUAAUAUAUUAAAUUAUAAUUUUUUAAAUAAAUUGAUAAGGAUUUAGUUACUGGUUUGGUCUGUACAUGUCGGGAAAUAGGGAAACAUUUUGAUCGUUGUUUUCCAAAGUAAAAGCAGAUGUUUGCAAAUGGCUUAUUUUGAUUAAAUGCAAAGAUAACCAGUCAGAGUAUUUACUGUUAAGAGGCUGAAAUUAGAGGAUUUGGACAAUUUUAGGCUAAACAAAAGGUCUAAACGGUUUUUCGAUUAUCACAAAAAGUUUAAUUUGAUUGAUUCGAUUUAAUCGAUUAAUUGUUGCACCUCAAUUGUUCGCGCAUAAGGUGAAUUAAAGUGUUGCAGUCUUACCAUGUGUUGUAAAUGAGUUUCCUGUGCAGUAUUAAUGCUGAUCUUUUGUUAUGUAGAGACGAUUAGCGCUCCAGUUGACUGAUUUUAUGGCCUCAUGAUCCAAAAUGAAGGCCUCCCCCCUCCGCUAACCUUGACAAACAUGUUCUCUGGUCUUCUGAACGUGAGCAUAAAUGUACUUGUCACCAGUUACUGGUUAAAAUCAACUGAAGGCACUUUGCUGUACAUAUUUCUUAUAGAGAGGUGAUUUAUUGGUAUUUUGACGUCCAUGCAAACACUGCCAAAUACGUGUGUUGCCAGUACAUGUUUCUGCAGUUGGUAGCGACAUGGAGGCUGGCGAAACAGUGUCUUAAUCCUCCUUCAGUGUGGGCGUGUCACUGUAGUCAUUUGACAGUGCACUCCUGUCUCCGUCUAUGGUGACUAUAUGAUCCUUGUUAUUGUACAUGGUCUGUGCAGUGUUGCUUCGGACAUUGUGCCUGUCAAUUUCUAUUGUCAAUAAAAAUAAAUUUUCAAUAAAUGUGUUGG